CGUCGUACGUACGCUCCUGCUUCUAUGCUAAGUGCUAGCUGAGUAGCUACUUUCUGAAGCUCUGCUUGCCUACUCUGCUUAUCACCUGGGGGUAGACUGACUAGAUAAACCGUACAAACUUAUUUAGAAAAGCCGUUGACAUUUUGCGGAGCAUCUGAGUGUCCGUGUCGGGCCGUCGCCAUGGCUCUGCAAGGCCCGGAGGAGCUGGGGGAGCAGGUCGAAGAGUCGGAGGAUCUGGACGACCAGGACGCUAGUAGCAUCUCCCCGGCCGAGGAGAUAACUCUGCCUCCCGGGCCUGGAGGCGACGAGGACCCGGAGGAGGCUCUCCUGCUGCCCUGGGACCGCUUCUCCACCUGGCUGCACUGCAUCUGUGUGGUGGGCUUCGACCUGGAGCUGGGACAGGCGGUGGAGGUUAUCUAUCCUCACCACUCCAAACUGUCAGAGAAAGAGAAAACAAGCAUCUGCUACCUUUCCUUUCCUGACUCCAACUCAGGUUGCCUUGGCGACACCCAGUUCUGCUUUCGCUUUCGUCAGGGUUCCAACAGGAAGUCGUCGCUCGGCUGCUUCCUGGAAACCACCGACCGGGACGCACCACCCUGUCUGAAGAGGGAACAAGGCCAUUACUACGGUUACGUGUACUUCCGUCAGGUGCGAGACAAAUCCCUGAAGAGAGGAUACUUCCAGAAGUCUCUGGUCCUGAUCAGUAAGAUGCCCUAUGUGACGUUCUUCCACUCGCUGUUGAAGAUCAUGGCUCCAGAAUACUUUGAGAAACAGGAACCCUGUCUAGAGGCUGCUUGUAAUGACAUAGACCGCUGGCCGACGCCCCAUCCUGGACGAAUACUCACGCUUCCCAUUAUGGGCGUGGUAAUCAAGGUUCGCAUCCCAACCUCUUACGACAAACCAGGAACCUCCCAGCUGGUCCAGUCCGCCCAGAGUGACAGUCAGGUGUCCAUCGUGCUCCCAACCAUCCAUGAAGUCGACCUCUUCAGGUGUUUUUAUCCAGUCUUCUUCCACAUCCAGAUGUUGUGGGAGUUAGUGUUGCUGGGGGAGGCACUUGUUGUCAUGGCACCGUCGCCGGCAGAGUCGUCGGAUACCGUGCUGGCAUUGGUCAGCUGCAUCUCCCCUCUGCGUUACUGCAGUGACUUCCGGCCGUACUUCACCAUCCACGACAGCGAGUUUAAGGAGUACACCACCAGGACGCAGGCUCCGCCAUCAGUCAUUCUGGGAGUGACCAAUCCCUUCUUUGCUAAAACCCUGCAGCACUGGCCGCACAUCAUCCGCAUUGGAGACAUGAAGCAAGCAGGAGAGAUGGCCAAGCAGAUGAAAGUCAAGAAACUGAAAAACCUCAAAACUCUGGACUCUAAACCUGGUGUGUACACUGCAUAUAAGCCGUAUCUCAACAAAGAUGAAGAAAUCAUCAAACAGCUCCAGAAGGGUGUUCAACAGAAGAGACCCUCAGCAGCCCAAAAUGCAAUUCUUCGACGCUACUUCUUAGAACUGACCCAGAGCUUCAUCAUCCCACUGGAGCGCUACGUGGCUAGUCUGAUGCCUCUCCAGAAGUCCAUCAGUCCUUGGAAGAGUCCUCCUCAACUGCGACCGUUCAUCCAGCAGGACUUCAUGAAGACGCUGGAGAAAGCCGGACCGCAGCUUACAUCCAGACUGAAAGGAGACUGGAUAGGACUCUACAGGCAUUUCCUCAAAUCUCCCAACUUUGACGGCUGGUUCCGCAACAGGAGGAGAGAGAUGACCCACAAACUGGAGGCUCUGCACCUUGAGGCGCUGUGUGAGGAGGAUCUGCAGCAGAGAGUCCAGAUGCACUCGGAGGUAGAGACAGUUGAUCUGGUCCUGAAGCUGAAAGAUAAGCUGAGUCAGGCGGAGAGGGACCACCUCCCAGUGCGUCUGGGGACUCUGUCCAAACUAAGGGCCCACAUUGAGGCCGUUAUUCUGGCCCUACCAGAGGACCUGCAGGGCAUCCUCCACAAGCCCUCCACACCCUGACCUUUAACCCUUUGGCCCGCAACCCUAACCCCAGUUUGAGCUUGUUUUAAAGUUUCUUGGGGGGGGGGGGGGGGUAGUGGGUCUCCUCCCUGUUUGUUCAGACCCGGCCGCAGUUUGAGGACCUCUUCUGGUCCAACGUAGAAAGCACACCGAAUAUUUUUGUUUCCCAAAGUAUUCAUCCAACUUUAGUUGUAUUAACAUCUUUUCUCCCCAAACCUCUACUGUGGAGACUAGACGUGCCACGUCUCAGGAGAGGUGAGGCGUUCAAAGGAUCAGGCCGCAGCGGCUCGACAUAAACUCCCUUAAAGAGUUUUCAGGAGGUGAAACAGGUUUUCACAUUAGAGACACAUUAGGUAAAGUGAGAGAGCUCAUCUGGACCUUUUUGGGGGGGCUGCAUGAAGAAGGAUCUGUCGUCACUUUAAAAGUAAGAGCAGGAAGAAUAACCCAACUGACAUUUCACCCUAAGCAUUUUUACCUUUUGACAUUUUUAAGGUUUACUUUUUUAACUAACGAUGGACUGCUGCAAUGCGAUGGAAGUGACUUUGGAGUAUUUCAUCCAUUUAAAAAAAAAAAAAGGUUUGUUAAAAAAGUGCACUUCAUCGCCACACACACAGCUGUUAUGCAAACAAACUGAGCCGAGCAGUGCUUUACAAUGACGUUUUACUACAACGUUGUCCGUUCAAACACACAAACACAGAGAGCGUUAAGCACCAGCGACCCUGUUAUGAUUUGUUAAUUUGCCACGAGCUAAUCACUUCCCCUUUAUACAUUUCACAUGAUCUUUGUGACAAGAUUUUGUCUUAAAAUAUAAUAGCUUGGAAUUUGUAUUGUAUUGUACCCUAAUUACUUUUAUUUUGAUGAAUUAAAUAUGGCCUUAAGUCAUGUAAUAUAUAUUUUUUUAAAUGUACGUAGUAAGUUUGUACGAGCAGGUUUAAAUCUAAAAUGGAAGAUUGGUUUUGUGAUGAAAAUGAAACUUCUUCAGCGGCUCCAGCUGUCUGCACCGAUGAACCUGCACUCACACUCAGCGGACAUGUAUAUUUGGGAAAGUGAGUGCUCGAUUAUAUGGAAAAAAAACUCAUAAUUACAAUUAUUUGGGCCAAUAAUGAAAUCACGAUUAUUAUGCAUUUACUGAACCUAAAUAAACAGUUAAAGAAAUGAACAGUGGAAACACCUUAAACUUGGAAAUUUCCCUUAAUACUUUUCCUGUUAAACUUUUUUGAAUUCCCCCAAAAUAAGUUUGUUUUUAUAAAACAUAAUGUGCAAAAUAAUCGUUUUUCCUCAAUCGCAUUGUUUUUGUGAUCGCCAUCAGCCGAAAUUGCGAAUAGAAUGUGAUUAAUUGCACAGCCCUACAUCGUUAAGGGAUCGUGUUUGAUAGCCAGGACAACCCCCCGCCCCGAAAGUCCGAACUGUCGGCUCUGAAAUGGGAGGGGUCCUAUAGAUUGCUGGUGGCUUGUGUGGCUCAUCAAACAAACCUUCCAGCUGGCGUCGUUUGCAUUGAGCUUUUUGAUUUUGGCGAACCUGACGCUGGUGCCUUACAGGAACGAGAGCAGAACCAAGUAAGGAUAAGUGAGAGCUGUGCUUCGUUAGCUGCAGCUCUUUUUACUUUUUUUAACACUAAACUAAAUUUGCUCUGCUGAAGAGCAACUUCUGACAAACGUUGAACUCUGAAGAUCAUCCUGCUCACGAUCCUCUGUGUUGAAAACGCAGCUGAAGUCUGUUUUAAAUUGUUUUCUGAAGAAAGUGAACCACACCGAUGCAAUAUCGAACUAAAGACCUAUAAAGUUACAGAGGAAAUACAAGAAACCAGACACAUUCAGUUGUAAUAAAGAGACACUCCUCACCGCUGGGUCUGUCCGGCAUCAUUUCUCCGCAUGUUUUAGCCCAUAAAACUCAAAUUAUGUUUGAUUAAUCUACUUUAGACUAUAUAUUUGGAUUGUUUUCUUCUUGAUUUCAGGUCGUUUCAGUGUCUCAAGACUUUGAGUUACAUAGAAUCAAAUCAACACUUUUGUUGUCAUUACUUAGCAUUCCUCAUGGGGGGGGGGGGGGGGGGGGGACCAGAAAUUACACUCUAAAAAGCUUUAAAUGGCCAAAAAAUACAAAUUCCUCAGUUUGAUCCUUAAAUUUAAAAUCAUUGAACUCAAAGUUAAUGAUUUUACUUAAAUUCAUAAAAAUUCUUGGACACCUACAAUGUAAAAGAAAUAUCAAAACCAUCUAUAACAACAGCAAUAACGGAACAUUUCACUUAUUAUUAAUUUGUAUUUUCAGAGUGUGAACGAGAAGAGCGUUUUCUAAAGGUGUAGUUAGCGGUUAACGGCACACACAGAUAUUUGAUGAUUGCAUUUCAAAAUAUCACUUGUUGGAAAACGUUAAAUUAACCUCUUGUCAAAAUUAUGGAUUGUGGUUUUUUUUUCUUCUUUUUAUUUUAGGACAUCAUGUAACACAUGUUCUAUGAAUGCUCCUCAAGCAGAUCAUUGUAAAAAAAAAAAAAAAAAACAUCAAAAAAUAUGUGCUGGUUGGGAAAACCUGUGUAAUCUGGUUGUUGGGCAACCAUGAAAGUUUUAUAUAUAUAUUGAAAAAAAAAAUGAUUUUAACAAUUUUACAUUUUUUCAUAGAGGGCUAUUGUCAUAUUCCCCCUCUGUAGAGAUGUGUUGUACAUAAUGGGGUAAAGUUAAAGGGUGGCACAGAUACGAUGUACCAUAAUUAUUUUGCUAUUACAACAGACGUCUUACUAAAUACAGAGCUAUAAAUGUGUAUUGCUCCAUAUGUUAAUUUACCUUUCUUAGGCUAAUUACAAUAUUGUUGAGCCACCUUGACAUUUUGAAUUUGUUGUUCGUACGCUAAGAGGCACUAAAAAUCUAAAGUUUUAGCAUUUCUACUGAUUCUGAGAACAUAAAAUGUGAUUGUUAUUUUUGGACCCUAUUUCCAGAAAACAUUGAGAUUGGACCAUUUACGCAAAAUCCCAGAUAAAGAUUUAUUAUUAACUUAAGUUAUGAAAUCAAUGUAGUGAAGUAAAAAGAACAAUUUUUCCCUCUCAAAUGUACAGGUAUACUCAAAUAACUCAAGUAAAGCAACUUGAAAUUGUACUUAAAUGCAGUACAUUUAGUGAGAAAUAUACUACUACCACUGCAAGAAUGAUCCAAUGUUUUCCCACGUUGAAACCAUCAGCGAAAUGUAAUAUUGUAAAGUUAUGAGUUGUUAGUUUGUCGGUUUCCUUGGAUGACCGUUGCUACUUUGUUAGCUUUAGCUGCUUAGCCGGUGUCAGUGAGUGACACCUAAUGCUCCCAAAAUAUUUGGACCAAUCGUUCUAAAGACGCUAACGAAUUCAAAAUGUCAACGCAAGCACACGCAUUUACCUCUAUAUCACUGUUUUUGGUUUUAUUAAAGCCAUAUAACCACUGCUACUAAACCACUCGGACGCCCUGAAGAACUACAGUGGAGAUGAGAGUUUGUAAAUGUCACAAGGAAGUCAUCAAGCUCACAUGUUAACGUUUUCACAUGUUACCUUUAUUGUAACUUGAAGUCUUUUGGAAUAUACUCACUGCUGAGUAUCUCUCAUGACAUUGUUUGCUUUUGCGUGAUACAGGUAUAAUAAAGAAAUUCACAC